AUGGAGGAGGCAACAAAUCCGGGAGAUCUAAUCGGAGAUGGUUUGUCUACAAUUCCAGUGAAUGAAGAUUUGGUUGGUGAUUCAUUAAUUGGUGAUCAAUCAGAUGUUAACAUUGAUGGCUCUUCUUCGAUUCCAGCCGUUGAAGACUUGGUUGGUGUUGUAGUUAGUAAUGGGGAUGAAGCUUUUGAUCUGUACAACGAGUACGCCUAUAGAGUGGGUUUUAGUGUGAGGAAGGGUCAACAACGUUACAAGGCCUCUACUAAGACAAUUCAAAUGAAGAGGUUUUUCUGUUAUAAGGCUGGUUUUAAGGCAAAGGCAAAUAGUGGUGUCAAUUUGUAUUCAAAAAUUGAUAUAAGGAUGGGUUUUGGUGCAUUUGUUCAGUUUGAUGUGGGUGGGGAUGGAAGGUGGACAGUUACAAAACACGUGAAAGUUCAUAAUCAUGAGUUAUGUGCUUUAGACAAGAGUCAUCUAUUUCGUUCGCAUAGAAGAGUGAGGAAUAAUCAGAUUUCUUAUUUAAAAGAUUUGAAGAAGAGUGGGGUUGCAGUGGCGGAUGGUAUGAGGUUGUUGAAACAUCAAUCUGGGGGUCUCCAUUUGUUGGGUUCACCAAUCGAGAUGCUUACAAUUCACUGGCUUAUGAUAGUUUGA